AUUUGCCUUUAUCUGCACAAAAAAUUCAGUAUAAAAGCUGUAGAAUUGCAGUUGAUCAACAUUCUAGUACUGUGCCUUGCAAAAGAGUCAGUUCGUUUCCUGUGUUCAGUCAACUAAUUCCAAAACUCAACCGAAAAUGCAGAAAUACAACACCAAUCUAGGAGUUGCACUUGUGCAAAUGCACGUCACCAAUGACAAGACCGUCAACCUUACCAAUGCAAUUCGUCUGAUCCGUACAGCUGUGCACAAGUACAGCCCAAAAAUUGUGGUUCUACCAGAAAAUUUCAGCUUCUUGUAUGACAAGCUUAAUUUCGAAAAAUAUGCCGAGGUCAUUCCCCAUGGUGAAACAUACAUUGAACUGUCGAAUAUUGCAAAGGAGUUGAGAAUCUACUUGGUUGGAGGUUCGAUCAUUGAACGUGAUGAUAGAACGAAGACUAUUUUGUACAACACCACAAUGGUCUUCAAUCCGGCUGGAACUCUGAUUGCCAAGCAUAGAAAGAUUCACUUGUCGGACAUGGAAUUAGACACUGACUUCAAUUUACGCGAAUCGGACAUUCUAAAGCGUGGAACAACAUUGACAACGUUUGAAGUUGAUGGCAUCAAAGUAGGAUUGGGCAUCGGUUAUGAUAUGUCGUUCGGUGAAAUGGCAACUCUCUACCGCAAGAAUGGCGUUGACAUGCUCAUCUAUCCAUCGGCCUAUCCAGCUCGCUUGGGAUUGCUUCACUGGGACCAACUGAACCGUGUUCGUGCAAUCGACAAUCAAUUGUUCGUUGUUGGUGUAUCACCAGCUCGUGACGAUAACACCGAAUUGGUUUACUACGGACAUUCUAUGGUCGUCGAUCCGAAAGGUCGCGUUUUGGUGCGCGGUGGUGACAGGGAAGAAAUUCUCUACACUGACUUAGAUUUCCAAGACGUUGACCGAUACAGGGCCCAAAUUCAAUUGUUCCCACACAAGCGUCUUGAUGUCUAUGACACAAUCGUUAAAUACUAGAAUCAAUUUUGUGACGCUCAUGUAAAAAAAGACUCAAUAAAUUAGUUUUUAUUUCUCGAA